CAUCAUGUGGUUGCCGCACAUCACCGCUGUUUGUGCCUGUCUCAUCACACUUGUUUUUUCGCGUCUCCUUUCCCUCCCCUCCCCCGUCAAUCAAUUAUAACUCUCUCUGCACUGUGGGUUCCCCUUUUCCCCCCUUUUUAACCUUUUUCUCUCUCUGUCUGUCGCCAUUUUUAGGGUCUCUCAACAUCCAUAAACCCUAGCAAUCGACGCGCAUUCCUCCGCAUUUCACCGCGCCAUGGGAAUCAUGAGCAACGAAGAAGAGAAGAAGUGUCCUCUUUGUGCCGAGGAGAUGGACUGGACUGAUCAACAGUUCAAGCCUUGUAAAUGUGGUUACCAGAUGUGUGUGUGGUGUUGGCAUCAUAUAAUGGACAUGGCAGAGAAAGAGGAGACAGAAGGUCGUUGUCCUGCAUGUCGAUCAAUUUAUGACAAGGAAAAAGUAGUUGCAAUGCAAACUGAUAUUGAAAGGGUGAAGAACUGUCAUGCUAAUGGGAAAACCAAACCACCAAAGGCAAAACCUAAAACAAAUGAAGUGAAGAAGGAUCUAACAAAUGUUAGGGUUAUUCAACGGAAAAUGGCAUAUGUUAUUGGGCUGCCUCUUACUCUUGCCGAUGAAGAUCUGUUGCAACGAAAGCAAUAUUUUGGCCAGUAUGGAAAAGUUACUAAGGUGUCUCUAUCUCGUACGGCUGGUGGUGCAAUUCAGCAAUUCAUAAAUGAUUCCUGUAGUGUAUAUAUUACAUAUUCAAAGGAGGAGGAGGCUGUGAGAUGUAUUCAGUCAGUACAUGGCUUUGUCCUGGAUGGUAGGUUUUUGAGAGCUUCAUUUGGAACUGCAAAAUAUUGUCAUGCCUGGUUGAGAAACAUGCCUUGUAACAACACCUCAUGUCUAUAUUUGCAUUCCCUUGGUGCUGAUGAAGAUAGUUUUGGUAAAGAUGAGACAGCUGCAAUUCACACUAGAAAUAGAGUUCAACAAGUUGCUGGUGCCACAGUUAAUAUGAUACGUCGCUCUGGAAGUAUGUUGCCCCCUCCAGUGGAUGAUAUUGCCAAUAUUGGGAACCAUUCUACAGAGAAACCUCUGGCUCAAAAUGCUCUUGAUACAACCAAUGGCAAUUUAAGUUCCAGUGGCAGUUACAAUUCUCGACCACUUUCCGGUAAUGAUAAGGAAGGAGGUCCUAGUGUACCCAAAAGACCAACCUCCUUUGUAGAUAUUGUUGGUAGAUCCAGUAGAUCUGAUCCAGAGAAUGAUGGAAAUAGUAGUCAUAGUUGGAAGAGUUUGAAUUUAAGCCCUGACAUGUCAGGACUAUCCAUCAGUAGAGAUGAUUACAUCAAGGAUUCAUAUUCAGAUACACAGCAUUUUAAUGCUUCAUCUUCAAAUAACCUUGCCAAUCAAAUGCAAAUAAAUCAAGGCCAUGAUCCAUAUUCAGAAACACCACAUUCCAAUGUUUCAUCCUCUAGUUAUGUUGCAAGUCACAUGCAAAGGGAUCAGAAUUCUGGGGAGUUUUCAGAUGAAAUGUUUAGAGAAGAUUUGAUAUCUCCAGACAGUCAAGGAUCUCGGGAUUCAAAUGGUUUAUGGAAAAUGGCAUCUAUUGUUGAUUCAUCUCAUCCGGAAAACUAUAGAGAGAACACUGGUGGUCAUUUACCAUUGAAUAAUAAAGGGACUUGUUCAAGUGCUAUUGGCUUGAGUUUACACAACAGCACUGUACAUAAGCAAGAGGAUGAAGCUUCAUUACCACUGUCCUGUGCAAAUUUGGUAUUAAGCGAAGGAUACCCAGAUAUGAAAUUCCAAAGGUCUGCCAAAACUGAUAUGGUGUAUAGAAGCUCUAACUCAUUUUCCAAUGAAGAAAUUGUUGAGCACUUGCGAAGAAUCGAGGAUGACAUAUUGAGUAAUGAUGUAGAAAGUCCUGCUUUUAGUCCUGUAGAGAGCAGUAUAAUCUCAAAUAUCAUGUCAAUGAACUUUGAUGAUGAAGCCGGUGGAUAUCACAGUUCCUCCCGAAAUAUUGCUAAUUUCGGUCAAACAAGACUCCCAUUAACAAAUCAAAACAGCAUUCCUAGUCAAGGGGAUGCAUUGGAGCCUUCAUUCCUAAAUAUUGGUCAGUUACCAAAACCAUGUUCUGGCACGGAUUAUGAUGGACACAAUGAUCACUACCUUUGUAAGCCGCCACAGUACCAAGUGCAAAGAGCUCGAAGUUUGGGCCCACCUGGAUUCUCAGUGCCCACUAUGCAUACACCUCCAGGGUUUGCAUGUGAUGGAGCUGGCGGGUUUCCUCGCCGUACUUCUGGAAGUGCCAGCAACACUGAGUUUGUUGACCCUGCAAUAUUAAGCUUUGUGAAAAGCAACUCUUCGUCAAUGAACACUGAGAUGGGCAGGGCUUUUGCACCACAACAGCAGAGAUCCCUUGACGAAGAGACAAGACUUUGGCUACUGAUGCAGCAGCAAAAGUCAGGAGAGCUAUCUCAAAUCUUUGCUCCCUCUCAUCACAAUGACCAAAUGCUCCUUGGGCGACAUGGUGGGAACGAGUUCUCUAGUUCAAACAAUGCUUACGGGUUCCAUCAACCCACACCAAACAUGACCCAACCGUUCUCUCUGCCCCGCGGGUACCAACAACAACAUGGCUUGGAAGAGAUGCAAUGCAGGAAUGAGGCAGUGGGGUUGAUGCGAGGAGCAACAGAGAUGGAUAUUAACCAGAGAUUAGGAGCCCUGAACUAUUUUUCCGGGUCGUACGGAGACUUGAUGUUCCAAGCGCAAACCUCGGGCGACAAAUACACCAACCGGGGGCUAUUUGGGAUGAUGUAACUUGUAAGUAUCUGUUUUACUUCGAUACUUCCUAGUAGCUAAACUAGGGUUCAACCCAAACCAAACCAGACCAGACAAAAAAAACAUGUAUGAUCAUCUGCAUCUCAUGGACUCAACUGUGGUAAAAACAAAAAAUUACUGUGGUGGCUUUGUAUCUCUUGGAUUCGCAUGGUUAAUAUUUUAGGAGUGAGGAUUGUCUAUGUACUAGUAACUGGAUUCCUCUAAUGCCAUCCUGAUNCACAUCCCCUUUUAUAAUCUAAGUAUAAAAAAGAAAGGAUGGGGGGGGGG